AUGAACCAGGAAGAAAUAAUUGUCGACGACUACAUUUCUGAUCCGCAAUUCAUCAACGAAAACGACGAAAAUCCUGAACUUUAUCAGCUGAUUAUCGAUAGCUGGAAUCUGGAAUCAGCGAUAUACGCAAUUCUCAUCGGCCACGGAAUCACGGUUCCGUAUCUAAAGAUACUGGACGAAAAGGCACUUGAUGAUAUUUUUUCGGUGGCCAAGUGGACAGGGCAUAAGCAUGCCCUCCGCAUGAAGCUCUGUGGAUGGGAAGAAAGUGUAUUGUUUAGACAAACCCCGCAUGUCGAAGCGAACCAAACAAAUUGUGUCGCGAUACCUGGAAGGCCUGGAACAUCCAAGCAUAAAUUGCUUCCAACGAGUGUAACAUAUAGCUUGCUCGAUGAUAUUUUGCAGCGAAAUGAGAAGGGCAAAAUAGUUACACGGUACUACGAAACGCACAAAAGCUUGGACUCUGAACACAGGAAAUAUCUGGCUCAUACCAUUGUUGACUACUACAUUGCAAAUCAUAUUUAUUUUGCACUUCCCGAUAUGGCACGUUUUGCACAGCUGAUCUCGGAACGUUUUUCUCCAGAGAUUUCAGUAAUACACAAAUCAAACUAUCUUUUUAAUAAUUUGUGAGCUACAUAUUUAUAAUAUUAUCACUGCAUUAUUAUAUUUACAGGAAACCUAUUAUAAUCCGCGAGACUGCAAGGCAAACAAAAGAAACCCAUCCGGAUUGAUUUAGGAUCGUUUCCAUAAUCGCAGUAAGAAGAAGUUUGUUAAGCUUGAAUGUACGGAUGUCACUUUCCUUCAAGAUCUACGAUCGAAAGCAUUGCAUCUUCCGCUCGAAGAGAUUGAAAGGUUGACAUCCCUCAAGAACUGGCUGCGCAAUAAUUUGGAACCAUUUGAACAAAUCCUACAACACUGGAAAGAGUCACUUUUAUUGCGUAUUAGAUGCAUUCUACAAGACGAAGACAUAAAUAAGAAAAAUAGCAUCAAAGAAUGGCCCAGA